AUGGCGCUCUUGUUUCUUUGGCGUCUUCCAGCUUGGUACCACUCCAGGCGCGAAUCCGGGGCGUUAUGCUUCGACGGCGUGUCGCGAAAAAGUGGGCAAAUCUCUUCAAUCGACAAACAAGCGCGCGUCUGGCUGGCAAGGCGCGCCGUCCAUUUACAGAAGGUCAAGGUCGGACUCACGUCGAGGGUUAGCAAACUCACGGACAUGCUAGCGAGCUCCGACGACAGCCGGAGCAUUUCGACCGUAUUUGGGCAGAUUGACAGGGACUACCGAAAAUACGACAGGAUUAUCGCAGAGAUGCAGGCCAGGGAGGAUGAGAUGGCGGUCACGUUUGUCGAGAAGGUUCUGGAACGGCGAGCUGCAGAUAUCGGUGGCGCGUGGACUCGUUUCGUCGGGGCGGCCACCGAGUAUAGCGCGGGACGAAGGAAGCGCAGUGACGCGCGGCGGGCGCACCCGUACCCCGCCUCUGGCGACAAAAGAGCUGCAGCCAGUGAAAUUCACGACGAGAAGCUUAUGCGCUUAAUGGAGAGAUACGAAAUUCCGGCGCACGCCAAAGCCCUUCCGAGCGCCUACUUGCGCGCCGCCUUGCCAAUGCACCUCAAGCUCCGGAGCGAAAGGCUUGUAUCCGUCGAGAAAGGUCACACACAAAACGUGGUGUCAAUAGAUGGCACCCAGAGGCAAAAACGAAGGCGCGUGAACACUUUGCUUCCUUCUUCGAACGAAGAGGUGGGAGCCCGGCAGGAUGGCGGCGGUGUGUUUAUGCCGGCCGUCCAAUGCAAUAGCUUGGACGAGAAGAUGUCAUCAAUUUCGCCUGCAACAGCGGCAGCGACAAUAACAACAGCUGCUGGUGCCAUCAACUCUCCCAGUCGCUUCUCAUCUUUCGAAGGCAAACGCUCCGGAGCACAUUCCUGUGAGCGGCGAACCGCUGCAGGAGGAUAUGACGGCGCGGGUGGCAUUGGGUGCCGAGGAAGUGAUGGUGGAGGCGCUAGUGGUGAUGAAGAUUUUGGCUUUGUAGAGCGCCACCAAACACUUACCCGACAGACCAGCAGACAUGCCGGGGAUGGCGCGGAAAACGUAGGGCUGGACUCCGCUGGUUCACAGCGAUGGGAAGGGGGGGGCGGCGUAUCUACCUCUGGGUGGGAGAGUGUGUGGGAUGCCGAACGGGAAAAACGCGGGCUGACCGGAGACGCUGGCUCUCGUUUUCCCGGGUCAUUGGUGCGUCAGGAUAUGCCGUCAGGCCUAGCGGAGACUGUGGAAAGGCUGUGCGCCGCGGCUUUCUUGAGAGGGCAUGUCCCUCACGGAUUGAUGCCAAAAGGCACGACCCCAGAAGAAGCUUAUCGAAGGUACCUCGAAUUGCCUCCAUCUUUGGCAAAAAUCCGCCACGAGCAGCUCUGCACGGAGGCGUCGCAACCGGUCGCCUCGGCACUUCGCGCGCGGGGCUACACCGUGCUCGAGCAACUCCUGCCUUUGUCUAAGCUGGAGCAUCUGUUCAGCCAGGCCGGCUCGGGGGCUAGCGAAACUCUCGCCGCAGUUUCCAUCGCGAGCGAGAUUAAGCCGAAGCGAGGCGUCGGCGGUUGCGGCAACGGUAGCGGCGACGAUCUCUUUUCACCCCUGUCGCCGUUCUCCCGCCGGUGUCUUGCAAGGUCAAGGGCGGCGCCAAUCUCAACACAAAGGUCUCCGCGUAGUAGACGACGGGAGGGGCUGGACGACUGCGUUUCUGACGAGAGCGUUCGUAAGGACGGGAGUAGAGGUUCAGGCAGGGUUACAAGCCGGAGCAUUGGACGGCCUGGAACACGGGGUGUGGGGAGGUCGGGGGAGGCAAAGAAGAAGGGACUGCUCCGAAUUAGUAUGCAGGGGCUGGAGUUGCCAAGUAGAGCCGCGGGCAUGGAACAGGGGAAUGGUCGCUGGGAUCCAAGCAGGUAUACAUCACGACCAGAGGAAUGGAUAAGGCCUCCACCCAGCGUAAUAAAGCAACGCUGGGACGACAGCGCCAAGGCGUUUGUGCCCGUGAACAACUACACGUUCGAUGGGCUCUACCGGAGACACCACCCGCUUGAUCACUGUUGUGACGAAGACCACCGCCACGUCGACAACGAGCGAGACAUGGUCACCAGAGGCGGCGGCGACGACAAUUGGUGCUCUGAAGGCAAACGGGACGGCGCUAUGGGGCAGGAGGAACACCCAAGCAGGCCUGGUGGCCUUUAUCGUUCUUCCCCAACGGCGGCAGAUCCUCUCUCUGGAGCGGCCGGUGGUAGUUGUUUUGCGAAGCGGGUGGAAAGCAUCAUGCAGGAGGAAUACGGCACGUUUUUCGAUGGAAUGACACAGAGUGCGACUGAGCUGUACCAGCACAUGAUCAAUGACUCGGGAUCGUGGGGAAGUGUGGAUGACUCGAUCGGCAUUUUGCUGCGCCGGGCCGCCUUCUUCAUCGUCGAACACCCGUCUCCUGCCACCAGGGCUGAGCUGGCGGUUGCCAGGGAGAGAGAUCUCGUGGCAAAGGUUCACGCGAGAAAUGCCAGCCCCAGGUCGUGUUUCAAGAGAACGAGAGGUGAAGAGAGGAUGAGAGUGAGAGGUUAA